GGCCUAAACUGAAGCGAAGACAGGCACAACGGUUUUGCUUUUACUCCUACUCCUGCAAUCGGAGGUCUCAAAGUCGAAGAGGGUUAAUCUAAUCCCGCCGCGUUCCACCGUCGUCUAACCGCCAGCGGGAUGGCGGCCGCCGCGACCGCAGCCACCGCCGAGAUCGGGACCGCCGUGACCGCAACCAGCUCCGAGAUGGAGGCCACCGCGACCGCCAUCACCACCGCAGCCGCCGCCGGACCGCCUCCGGCCAUCCCCGAUAAAUAUAUGCAUAAAAACCGCUUGCAAUCAUUUGCUGAACGAACGUACAAGAAACCACCAGUCUACAAGGUUGAGUCUGAAGGCGCGUCUCAUCAGCCUAAGUUCAGAUGCACAGUGGAAGUGGGUGGUCAACAGUUCUCAUCAGCUGGUAGUUUUGAUCGCAAGAAGGAAGCAGAGCAGGAUGCUGCUAGAAUUGCUUAUGAGAUCUUGUCAGCAGUUGGAGAGGAUGACAUUAAAGAGGCAUUUGGGCUUAUUGAUCAGGACGCGGUUUUCUGCAAAUCAAUUCUCAAUGAAUUUGCUGUCAAGACAAAAACCACUUGGCCCUCUUACUCUCUAGUUUAUAUAGAGAAGCCUUUGACGCUGUUUGCUGCAAUUGUGGUGUUUGAUGGGAAUAGCUAUACUGGUGAAUCUGCACGCAACAAGAAGGAUGCAGAGCAGAAUGCAGCUCGUGCUGUGAUCAAGUCGAUUUUAGCUAAGCAUAACACUUGUAUGGUGGGAAUUGUUAGAUCGAAGAAACAACUUAUAACUGCCGUCAAAUCUUCUGGAAGCAGCCCAGCUACUUUUACUCCUAUACAGUUUACACGCCCUGUUUCACACGCAGCAUUCGGCGGACCAGAUCAUGUAGCACCUAUGUUGCAAAAUGCAUCUUCCUCGUUAGCUGUUCAAGGAGGCACCAAUGCUGUACCUGCAGUUGGGACAUCUGCCAACCCAUCAUCAGCAAAUGUAGGCCACUCAAAGUCAAAGAAGCGCAAGGGCAGAGUUUAAGGAUCAAGAGUCAAUGAAACAAGGGUUGCCAAGGGGCUGGUAUUAACUUCUCAGCCAUCAACAUCAGGGAUAGGACAAUAUGGUCAACCUUUUAGCAUUUUAUUCGCCUUGGUAUCUCUGCAUGUCGUGUUGGUUGCUCAAAGCAUUGCAUUGCACAUCGUUUUAGGUUGUUUCUUUUAACCUGAACUUUUGACACGUUAGGGAUUUGUAACUGCAUAACAAUUUGGCUGCAUGUGGAGCAAUUCGUCCUUCCUAAAUAGGGCCUAAAUCUAUAUCUACAUGUAUAUAUAUCUCUUAUAAAGUAAAACCCUACUAGAAGCUUUAACUUGCA